CAGCGGUGCGGGGGGCGGAAGUGCUAUCCGAGGAAGUGAUAUAUAGCUGCGCGAGUCGUGGGUGGGAUGGCCACGGGUCAGCUCCUUCGAAGGCUGUUGCGAGCACCUUCCGGUUCCAUGGCUCAGAGCCGAGUCGGUGGCGUGUCCCCCUCCAGGGGCUUGCACGCGGAACGCGGGCCUCGAAGGCUCUCCAUCGAAGGAAACAUUGCUGUGGGAAAGUCCACCUUUGUGAAGUUACUCACGGAAACUUACCCAGAGUGGCACAUAGCUACAGAACCUGUAGCAACAUGGCAGAAUGUCCAGGCUGCUGGCACCCAAAAAGCCUACACUGCCCAGAGGGUUGGAAACUUGCUGGAUAUGAUGUACCAGGAACCGGCACGAUGGUCCUACACAUUCCAGACGUGUUCUUUUAUGAGCCGCCUGAAAGUACUACUGGAGCCCUUUCCCGAGAAACAAUCACGACCCGAGAAGGCGGUCCAGAUCUUUGAGAGGUCCGUGUACAGUGACAGGUAUAUCUUUGCAAAGAAUCUUUUUGAAAACGGUUCCCUCAGUGACAUCGAAUGGCAUAUCUAUCAGGACUGGCAUUCUUUUCUCCUGCAGGAAUUUGCCCCCCGUGUCAGAUUACAUGGCUUCAUCUACCUCCAGGCUACCCCCCAGGUGUGCUGGAAGAGACUACACCAAAGGGCCAGGGAAGAGGAGAAAGGAAUUGAGCUGGCGUAUCUGGAGCAGCUUCACGGUCAGCACGAGGCCUGGCUUAUUCACAAGACAACCAGGCUCCACUCUGAGGCUCUGCUGAACGUUCCAGUGCUGGUAUUGGAUGUCAAUGAUGAUUUUUCUGAAGAAGAAACCAAACAAGAAGAACUCCUAAAAAAGGUAAACAGCUUUGUAAAUAAUCUGUAACCAAUACUGAGACAUUCUGGCUGUGAUCCAGGCAGUCUGACUCUCUAAAGCUGGAAAAGUCCCAAGUCGUGCACCUUCCCAUCGCCUUUUACCCCUAGCGUGCUCUGACACUCAGGUGCAUGGUUUGGGUUAGCCUGCAACUUUGUAGUCUUUUAUAUCUUAUAGACUUCUAAAAUAAAGUGGAAGUUUUGCUUAUUCUGCUAA